CCACAGAAGAAGAAGAAGCUCCAUAGCAACGGUGAAACAAAGAUGGCGGCCUCUGCAUGUUCUGGCUUCUUCUGUUUGUUUUUCUUGUUUUCUGCCGUCGCUACAAACGAAAACACCACGAGUUUCGACUUUAACGCCACCGCGUCUGGUGACCAGAACGUUACAUUCACCGUUACGGAAAAUUAUGCGACGCUUGAGACAACGACGACGCCGAGCUCCGGCAGCACCGAGGAGCCGCUUCUCCCCGCAGAGCCGCUGCCCGAGUCCGGCCGCCUGCUGACCCCCGUAACCACCGUUGACAGGUUGUGUCCCUGUGAUGAACACACAGGUGUGUGUGACAUCAACUGCUGCUGUGACAGAGAGUGCAGUCAGGAGGAGGUGUCUCUGUUCACCAGCUGCUCCGUUGGUGCCGUCAGCGGCAGCAGGCAGCUGUGCAGCCGUGAUGUGGCGUCCUACUCGUUAAGGAACACAGAGAACGGCUACUCUGAGCUGCAGUCGUCUGUCCAGAAGGAGACCAGUUACGACCUCUUCUGCAUUCAGGCACAGAACCGUCUUGAUGGAUUGUCUCAUCCUCCACCUGAACUUCCAACCGACGGCAACUUCGAGUCGCUCUUCAGACAGUUCACCAGCUUCAUCUUUGGCUCAGACAGCGAUGCUCAGGUGUCACCCGGAGAGGUCCAGGCGUCACCUGGAUACCUGUAUGAGGAUGUGAUGGUAACGGUGGGACAGAGUGGACAGAGGGGGACGUUCUGGAUGCCUUCUGCUGGUCUCACUGCUGACUGUGUGGACAGCAGUCCUGCAGCGUUCCUGAAGGAUCAGAGCAGUCGGUGUUCCAGACGUGUGGUUCUGGAUCAGGACUGCAGAUCUCUGCCGGCCCUCAGCAUGAACACCUACAGCGACAUCCAGCUGUUUGCUGGGAAGCAAAUAGAUGCAGCUGUUGUUCCUAUGGAGGUGGCGUCCGUCAUCCUGCAGUCUACAGAUGAUACUCAGACUGAGCUGCAGAUCAGCGCUGGAGAAAACCUGAGUCCGGUUCUUCUGAGGCCCAACCUCUGUGCUAACGUGGUGCUGAAGGUCAUCUAUGUGAUUAAGUACAACCCAGGUGGUGAGAUAGUGAAUGCAACGGUGACUCUGGUGCUCGGGUUUGUCAGCAACCGCAUGCUGCCUCUGGAACAGGAGUUUCAGAUCACAUAUGUCCAGGAAGAUGGAGGCGACGUUGCUGUCCGCUACAGUGGAAAUCCAGGUUAUGUCGUUGGACUGCCUCUGGUGUCUGGAACAAAAACAGCAGAUGGGAUUGCCAGAAGCAUCGACCCCAGAGACACACUGUCUCUGCUCCACAGUGCUGAGGACCAGGACUGUCUGCAGGAUCCACACCAGCGCUCUCCCGUCCUGUUUGGUCUCAACUCUGUGUCCGGCUGCACAUUAAGGUUGGCGGAUGCUGAAAACUGCUCCCUGGUGUCCCAUCUGCUGCUGGAUGUUCUGAGAGGACCAAACUAUCCCCAGUACGUAGCUUCCUUUGGAAACUCCCCGCUGGAAAAUCCACUAGACUGGAUGCAAAUCAAGAACAGCUUCAGUCCUGGGGAUGGACCAAGUUGCAGUAUCCCAUUGUCGCUCCAUUUAGAAUUUGAAUGGACCAAAUAUGGAUCCUUGAUGAACCCUCAAGCUCAGAUUGUUAGCAUCAAAGAAGUCAUCCAGACCAACACCAGCAGCUUGAACCUGUUGUCUGGAGGCAGUGGUGUCCUGCCAAUCAGAAGCUCAGUGGCUUUCAUACCUGUGUCAACUGCUGCUCUUCCUGGUUACAGAACCAUGCCCACCAUCGACGCCAAACUGCCCUUCGACUUCUUCUUUCCUUUCGUCUGAUCCACCUCACCAGUUACGAUUUCCACCGAAACCACUGUUUAGAUGCUCAACCUGCCAUUGUGCAUUGUGUAAAUACUGUACAUAAGAGUUUUGUGCAAUUUAAUAAAUGAAGUCAUUUAUUUAUUUCA